AUGGCUUUCCGUUCAGAGGAGGAUUUAUGCUGCCCUGCCUGUCAUGACAUUUUUAAAGAUCCCGUCCUCCUCUUGUGUAGCCACAGCUUCUGUAAAGCCUGUCUGCAGAGCUGGUGGAAAGAGAAGCAAAUCAAAGAGUGCCCGGUUUGUCGGACAGUGUGUGAGUGGAGUGACCCACCUUGUAACCGGGCACUGAAGAACCUCUGUGAGGGAUUUUUGCAGAGUCAGAGUGCUUCAUCAGGGUCUGACAGUCUCUGCAGUCUGCACUCUGAAAAGCUCAAACUCUUCUGUCUGGACCAUGAGCAGCCCGCGUGUAUCAUCUGUCGGGAUGCAAAAAUCCACGCUGACCAUCAGUUCAGACCCAUUGAUGAAGUUGCACAGGAACACAGAGAGGAGCUUCAGAUGUUCCUGAACCCCCUGCAGCACAAGCUGAAGCUUUUUAAUGAAGUUAAAGUGAACUUACAUCAAACAGCAGAGCACAUUAAAGUGCAGGCUCUGCAGAUAGAAAGGAGGCUUAAGGAGCAGUUUAAGAAGCUUCGCCAGUUCCUAGAGGAGGAAGAGGAGGUACGGAUGUUAGCUCUGAGGGAGGAAGAGGCGCAGAAGAGCCAAGUGAUGAAGGACAAGAUGGAGGCUCUGUGCAGGGAGAUGGCGGCUCUUUCAGACACAGUCAGAGCCACAGAGGAGCACCUCAGAGCUGGAGAUCCAUCCUUCCUGAGGACCUACAAGGCUGUGGUGGAAAGAGUCCAGCAGCACCCCCAGCUGGAUGAUCCACAGCUGGGCUCAGGAGCAUUGAUAGAUGUGGCCAAACACCUGGGCAACCUGACCUUCAACAUCUGGAAUAAGAUGAAAGGCAUGGUCUCCUACAGUCCUGUGAUUCUGGAUCCAAAUUCAGCCAAUCCAGAGCUCAUCCUGUCCGAAGAUCUGACUGGCGUGAGGCACGGAAAGAGAAGGCUCCUUCCAGAAAACCCCGAGAGGUUUGAAUUCUGGGAUUCUGUCCUGGGCUCGGAGGGCUUUAACUCGGGAACUCACAGCUGGGAUGUGGAGGUUGGAGACAACAAGGACUGGGAGGUUGGGGUGAUAGCAGAGUCUAUGUGCAGGAGAGAAUUUGUGGGCUCCACAGUGUGGAGCGUAGAGUGCAGCCACGCUGGAUACAGAGCGUACUCCCCGACCAACAAAUACAUCGCUCUCUCGGUCACAGAGAAGGUCAAGAAGCAUGACUUCCGGUUACACUAUUUUCGCGGCUCGCUUGACACCGCGGGGGAGUCCAAUGGAAGCCUUCGUCGCAGCCCGGAGGAGACAAUCGAGUGA